ACUCAAACCUAAAGUUUCCCUCUAUAUCCAAAAUUAACGAUUACCGGCGAUUCUGCCGCCAACCGCCAAUCUCCGACGUUCAAUUAUCAAUCUACCUCUUCCUAUUUUCUCUACGGCGUGUCGUUUUCAGGUCUCUCUCUCUUCUUCUCUCUGCUGGAAAGCUUCGAUUUUGGAUUGGCGUGGUAUUUCACUAGAAUAUAUUCAACUCGAAGCAUAUUAGAUGAACAUGGAACGUGGUUUUUUGUUUUGAAGCUUUGAUGCAUUUGAUCCUAGAAAUUUUAUUCUGUUUUGUUUAUCUGUGUUUUUUAAUGGGUCUCUGAUAAUAUAUGUAAUGAGUCAUUGGGAUGGUGCUCUGGUUGUGCUCUAGUUUCAUCUGAGAUACUAGGUUUCGGAUGUUAUUUGGCUUGGCUUUAUCUAGUGCAUUGGUUUCAUGUUUCCUCUAGGCUGAAAAGGCUGCUAAAUUUAUUAUUUGUUAUUUAAAAUUUAUAAAAAUUUAUUUGAAUUCAAAUGAUAGAGGAAGUUGACUGGGAACUUUAAUGUGUCACUAAACAGAUGGAUCUUGAAGCCAAAAGGUUUGGAAGGGGUCCGAGGGAACUUGGUGGUGCUACUGAUCUUAUAAAUCUAUAUAAGCUUUGGCCUCACCAUGAGUUCUUCUGCAAGAGAUCACUGCCUUUGUCAAUAUCAGAGACUCAUUAUUUACAUAAUGUGGUGGGAGAUACAUUAAUCAGGAAAGGGGAAGGGAUGGAAUUGGAUCAGCUCUUUCAAGGCAACCUUUAUAUGAGAGAAAAAAAUGCACACAUACAUCCCUUUGAUUUGGAUGUACUUUGUGAAGCUUUUCUAAUAAGGGAAACAACUCCUGUUAAACUGCCUUCUGCAGAGAAGGGGAUCCGUACCUCAGUGGUGAAGUCAAAGAGUGAAUUAGAAAACAAGGAGAGGAAGCAUAAGAAGCACAAAGACAAGGAUAAAGAUCAUAAGAAGCACAAAAACCGUCACAAGGACAACAGUGGUGAUGCUGUUAAGAAUAUAAAUGUUGAUUACGGCUUGAAAACUGAGCAGUUGAAGGAACGACAAGAUAUGUUCAUUCAGAAGAGGAGGCUCGAUGGUUUUGAAGAUCCUUCUGUCUUUGGACAUAAAAAAGCCAGAAUCCAAAGAUAACUGAGACUGACAGCUAGAGGUGAUCGGUUUAAAACACAUUGCCUCGGUUUCUCUGGAUUUUGUAACUCCCAAAAGUCCUCAGUUAAGCUAGCAGUCAAUGCAUCAAAAGAAAAGGGACAAGGCAAACUAUGAAGUAUUUUAGACCAUAUAAACCUAGGAUCCUGUUUAUCAUUGAACACAUGUCACAUGGUUUAUAUGUUAAAAUGACAGAAAUGUAAAACAAUCAGCUUUUGUUUUAUUGUUCCAAUCUAUCUUCUUCCAUCUUGCUUUGUGUAAUUUC